CCGAAAAACACCUCGGGCAUUUGAAACUAACUCACUUGUCUUUGUAAUUAAGCAGACACAAUCGACUGGCAAGCUCGACUCUGGCAUGCGCGGGCCCUAUCGUGUGGUCAAAGCACUUCCCCACGACCGAUAUGAGCUACAGCUGUUGACGGGCUCCUACGGUAAAUCUACACAAGCUGCGGCUCAGUACAUGAAGCCGUGGCGCGGGGAGUGGACUCCGGAGACAUGCGCUGCUUACUUUGAAAACGCAGAUAGCAAUGAUGAGGAGGUAGAGUUCACGCCUGAGCGAGCUGCCACGCAUGAUGUGCAUCCUAGAGGCGAGGGGAUGACCGAGCCUGUACCCGGCACCUCUGGAGCCACGGAGCCGCUCCGAAUCCAGGAAGAGGAAGACGAGGACGUCCUCCAGUCAGGAGAGGCCGUGUUAGAGGAGUAGUGACAGAUCUCGUGAUAAUGGCGGGAACACGAGUGGGCGGAGCCUGCUGUCUAUAUAAGCGCUUGCAACCGCAGUUCGCGCCUUUUCUCGUCGAGCUCACUUGGCAAGGGGAACCUCUGCCCGUUUGAAUGGUCGAACUGCCUUUUUGUUGAAUAUUAAUUUCGCGUGUAAUUAAAUUUUAAUGUGAUUUGUUUCGUUAUUAAAAAGUUGGUAAUUUUGUUUUAGUUUCCGUUAAGUUUGUAUUUUUGUAACAAUUAAUAAAUAAGUGUGGUUUGUGUUUUUUUUUAUUUAGUUCCAUUUUUGAUUUCCUAAAAGUAU